UAUGAUGGACUUUCAGAUUUAAUCUACACAAACGAAGAAGAUCGCAAAUGUGAAAUGGCGGUUCAUAUUACCCAUAUCUUGACAGAACAAUUUGGUUAUAACAUCUCAACAAUUGAAUCUAAAAAUAUGAUGCAUCAAGUCAUAGAUAAUUUGAUCAAAAAUACGUUCACCAUCUUUAGUCGCAAUGCCUAUCCAGGAAAAUUACAAAUUGAGCUCACUAGAAAUACUAGGGAUAG